AUGGAAAUGCCAGACUUUGUCGUUCGCAUCAUGGUUGCAAUCGCCAUUGCCAACAUUGGUAUAAUAGGAUCAUUGGCAUUCGCAAUCGAUAGGAACAACAUAACAGUGAUCAAGGACUCCAAAUUAUAUUUAUACCUAGCAAAGAAUUCCAAAGGAAGUGGAAGUUUCAGUGGCAGCACUGGUAGUGGCUCUGGCACUGGUUCAGGCAGCAAAGGCACUGGCACUGGCACUGGCAGCGGAAGUGGUGGUAGUGGCAGCAGCGGAAGUGGCAGUGGCAUUGGCAAUAGAUGGAUCCCAGCCACCAAGAUGACCAUCAUUAACAACAACUUUGGAGUACCAAGUAACAUCAACAACUGCGAGGGCGAGGGCGAAGGCGAAGGCGAGACCAUGGGCGAGACUAAUGGCGUGGACGAAGUUGACAGUCCAUGA